AUGCCGCCUUCUAAACCGCCCGUCGAUGAGCACUCCGCUCCUGACCUGGAGAUCGUUGGAAGCCAGCUCACAAUCCAUCCUUCUGGCUUUACGGGAGGACCUGAACCUCAAGAUGACCAAAUCACCGAACGAAACCUCGUGCGCCACAUGGCGCGCUUCCGCGAAAACCCCUUCGAGUUCCUUCGAGAAGUGAGCCUAUACAUGUCCGGAACAGGCUGGCGCGCGUAUGACGAGCCCAUUGGCCAGCCAGUGUUUUAUUCGGGCUUCUCCGAACGAAUGAAAUCCUCCAUUCUUUCGAGUGACAUGCUGCAGGCGAAAAUUCGGGAACUGGCGUCUAUUCGAGUGACAGUAGAAGAGAAAGAGGGGCUGAUCGCGAUUGUAGAAGGCUAUACGCUGGAUGAAAAGCGAGCUCGUCGCCGGCAUGAUAUUGAGACCAGUCUUCGAGAAGUGGUGGAUAAGAUGAUGGACGAUAUGAUUUGUAAGAUGGAAAGCAAGACGUUUAUUCGGGGCGCAUACUAUUUAUGCACACAACUUCUUACGCGAGCCUACCACCAGGGCAUUCACGUGUCCAGCGAGGAGGUCUUGCGAUUGAGGUCGGUUGCUGAGACCGCUGCUAAGAAGAAGCAAUCGAUCGUGUUCUUGCCCUGUCACAAGUCUCAUGUGGACUAUGUCUCUUUGCAGCUCAUUUGCUACCGGCUUGGAAUAGGCCUUCCAGUUGUUGUUGCGGGCGACAACCUGAAUAUUCCGCUUUUAGGACCUUUCUUGCAACAUGCCGGUGCAAUGUGGAUUCGACGCAGCUUUGGAAAUGAUCCACUGUACCAUACCGUUGUACAGGCAUACAUCGACACACUCCUGAAAGACGGCUUUAACUUCGAAUGUUUCAUCGAAGGAGGUCGUUCUCGGACAGGAAAGCUGCUUUCUCCAAAGUUCGGAAUUCUAAGUUUUAUUGUCGACAGUGUGUUGUCCGGCCGGGUGGAAGACACGAUCAUUUGUCCGGUCAGCACGCAGUAUGACAAGGUUAUCGAGACUGAGUCCUACAUCAGUGAACUUUUGGGACAACCCAAACAGAAGGAGAACCUAGCUGAUCUUCUUUCGUCAUCGUCCGUCCUAUCCCUCAAGUUGGGACGAGUGGAUGUUCGCUUCCACGAGCCGUGGAGUCUGCGUGAAUUCUUAGGCCAACAAAUUACGCGACUCAAUAUGUCAGAUCUGGGCUCCAAUCAGAAGCUGGCUCACGAUGAGCGUGGGCGAAUCCUCAGGACUCUGGGCUACCGCGUGCUGUCUGAAAUCAACGACGUCUCCGUGAUGAUGCCAACUGCGCUUGUCGGAACUGUGCUGUUGACUCUUCGUGGCCGCGGAGUAGGCAAAGGGGAGCUGGUACGACGAUUAGACUGGCUUAGUGAGCGUGUACGGGCAAAGGGUGGUCGGGUCGCUCAUUUCUAUCGCUCGCCAACCGAGAUGGUCGUCGAUCGAGCUCUUGAUGUUCUGGGUCCCAAGCUGGUCGGUGAAACUCCUGGCCUGGCAGAGCCGACCUACCAUGCUGUCGAUCGCUUCCAACUGUCUUUUUACCGCAAUAUGCUCAUCCAUCUGUUUAUUACUGAGGCUCUGGUCUCCGUUGCCAUGUAUACAAAGAUCAAGCAAGGUGGCGGGCCCACCAAUCAGCGGAUCGGCUACGAGGCUUUGAGAAAUCAGGUGUCAUUCCUCUCCCAACUCUUCCGUGGCGAAUUCAUUUUCCCACCCGAAGGUCUAGCAACAAAUUUAGAAAAUACGUUGAACUGUUUGGAGACCGAUAAUGUCAUCCAAAUUACUCGUGAUAGCUCUGGAGUCCUAGAGUAUGUUGAGCUGAGUGAAGCUGAGCGUUUGUGUGGUCGUGAGAACUAUGAUUUCUAUUGCUUCCUGAUUUGGCCCUUCAUUGAGGCAUCGUGGCUCGGUGCUGUAUCUCUGCUUGGCCUCACACCACCCCUUGACGGCCCUCAAGAGAUUUGGAUCAAUGUCAAGAAAGCACAGGAUAGUGCACAACUCCUUGGCAAAACGUUGUACCACCAAGGAGAUCUCUCUUACUUCGAAGCUGUUAACAAGGAGACACUCAAAAAUUCCUAUCAGCGAUUCGAGGAAGAAGGUAUUAUUCUCGUUGCUAAAGUCAAGGAUUCAAAGGCUGGCCCAACCCUGAGACUUGCACCAGAGUGGACACCGGAGAGAGAUCCUCACACAGGCCAAGUCCUGCCUCGCGGUCGGCUGUGGGACUUUACCGAACUUAUUGCGCAGUCCCGUCGUGAAGGCAAAAACCGUCGUGAUGGUGCCACGGUUUCGUCACGGGUCUUGACGAUGUCUGAUAUUGUUGGGCGACAACUCUUCCAGAACGCAGCAGCGCCAGCACCUACCGAUAUAUCCUCAAAGCAAAUGCGUCGAAAGGCUAUUGGGACGGACUCCAAGCUUUAG